AUGCAACGCUUGAGCUCAAUCAUACCCUGGACUAAACCUAAGCAUCUUGAGAAUAUCUACAGUGGGUCACGUACAUCAGCAGCUCUGAGUAUUCUCAUGCCAGAAAUGGAGAAAGGGCAAAUCGACAGAUUGGGAACAAACCUGAGUACCUUGCGAUCGGACCUUAGAGAUCAUUUGAGUGUCGUGUUGUACCUCAUUUCCAAUAACUUGAUGUCCCCCGAUAGUAAUGUGUCGUUUGUAAAGGGGAAGGAACGUGAUGCCAAAUUAAUCCUAGGAUUGCUCAAAGAUAGUGGUUGGGGUGAUCUGGAUCAUCUCAGGAUUUUGCUAUCAACCCGUGAGCCCACCGCCGAAUCUAUCGCAGAAAAGGUGUUUGAAAGUGCACUCCGGACAAGUGAUUUUGAGAUCAUUGAAAGCAUGCUUCGGUCUGGCAUGAACCCAGAUGGAUUGAUUGAGGCAUUGACAGAAGAAGUGGACGGCAUCUGCUUCUUGACUCCUUUACAAUUUGCUGCUGAGCAAGGGAGUCUUCCUCUUAUCGAUCUUCUGAUCAAGUACGGUGCCGACGUGGAACAUGGCUUUGCUGAUGAGCUUGGUAAAACUGCUCUGUAUUUUGCCAUCACAAGCGCAAACUGUGCGGCCAUUCGGGGACUCUUUCUGCGAGGUGCAAAAGUGACACGAGAUUGUGCCCGUGCAGCUGGGGGACUUUUUCUUCAAGAUCCGCAAGAUUGGGAUCUGAUUGAGGAGAUGGUAGAGGUCUACCUUAAGAAAUAUCUGGAAGCUGGAAACAAUGAUCCAGAUCUUCUUGUUCCGGCGGUGAUAACUGGAAAUGAGUGGCUUAUUGAGCUGUUCCUUGACCGAGGUGCAAAGUUGAAUGGAUUCAUCACGUCAGGGGAUUACAUCGGACGUAAAGACCGGAAGUAUUGCUUGCUAGGCCUUGCAGUCAGGGAGGGUGAUGUUGGUAUUGUCCGACUUUUGACUGGCCGUAGUGUUGGCCCAAACCAACUCCCUUCCUCGCUGCCCUAUGUGUUUCCACUGACCCUAGCAGCUAUGACCGGCGAAACUGAGAUAGCUCAAAUUUUACUUGAUUCAGGCGCUGAUGUCCGAGCUGCUGACGAGGGAGAAACUACCCUACUCGAGCAUGCCGCUCAGAGGAGCGACUUUACUCUUUGCCAAAUGUUGAUCAAGCAUGGUGCCAGGAUUGACAGAGAGCCAUGCGAUGUGCAGAAGUCGCCAUCAGCUCUUAUGACUGCAAUUAAGAAAGAUGACGCGCACAUAGUUGAUCUUUUGAUCAACUCAAACGCACGAACAAAUGAUCGCUUCGAAGUGGCUCCAGGUAGCGUCCUUGCAGCCGCUCUCGAAGUUGGAAAUGAUGCCGUGAUCGACAAGCUAAUGAAUGCCGGUGCUAAUUACUUUGGAAUCAGAACGAGGAAAAUCGGGAACCUGCAGACUGCCAUCCUCAUGCAAGAGAAAGAAGUCUUAACAGACGUCCUCCAUCUAUCCGGCCCUCGGAUUCUUGCAUCUGCUAUACUAGCUGGACAUGAAGGCCUAGCAUACUUCUUGCUCCAGAACACCGCUCAUAAGGAGCACGAGCCUCGGCAUACCUUCACCACCUCAGGUCAGAAAACCCCCUUGGAGGCAGCCAUCUUAAUGAAUAAUGUGAAACUUGUACAAGCUCUUCUGGAGCGUGGUGUUGAAGUAACAGACCAUGCUCUCACAUAUGCGAUACAUGAACAUAUCGGACUUCUACCAAUGCUACUAAGAAACUUUUCGGGGAGUGCUCCAACAGCAGUGGCAGCUUCUUUGAUGGAACCUUCAAUGGCUACGCUAGAGCUACUUCGGGAGACAAACGUGGACUUUACAGGAGCACCUCAGCCACUCGCAACCAGAUCGACGUCCUACACCUGGAGGAAAUUGUGGGGGGAUGACGUCAAAUCGGUACUUGAAUUGGCAGCUGGUUGGAAUGCCAAAAGCACUCAUCUCACAUAUCUUCUCGAUUGGGCAGCCGCGGCUGGGAUACCGUGGCACCCAACGCUUGUGUCCCGUGCUCUAACCAGGGCAAUACUAUCAGGGAAUCAUGACCAGCUGGAGGAGUUGAUGCAACUUGACUUCGAUUUGAGUUGCGAUAUAUGGUGCGCAGAAGACCAAUGUAAUUAUAGUCCUCUUCAAGCUGCUGUCCAAGCACAAUUGGUGUGGGUCGUUCGUGAAAUGUUGAUGAAAGGAGCUGGUGUCAAUUACUUGGGAGACGGUCCCUUCAGACGUACGCCGUUACAGAUCGCUGUCGAGAAUGGAAACAUGGAGUUAUUCAAUAUUCUCCUGCAUCAAGGGGCUGAUGUCAAUGGCCCCGCUGCCGCGAAAGGUGGUGCGACCGCUUUACAGAUUGCGGCCAUAAACGGAUUCAUCGGCAUUGCCCAGACGCUGCUUGACCUCGGCGCAGAUGUCAAUGGAAAACCUGCAUUGUAUCAUGGGCGCACCGCUUUGAUGGGCGCUGCCGAGCACGGACGAAUUGAUAUGUUACACUUGCUGCUUGACCGAGGAGCACUCAUUGUGGGUGAGCACCAAUUCUCUUUUGAUGAAGCCGUAAGGCUUGCGAAAAAUAAUGGCCACUAUGCUGCAGCGAGACUAUUGGUCUCUUUUAAGGACUCGCUUGUAGCAACCGGAGCAUCGGUUGAGGAUGAGGGUCAUGAUCAGUAUAAGUAUGAGGACGAGGACGAGGAUUAUGACAACUAUGAGGACGAGUAUGGUGACGAGUAUGUGUUUGAGGAUGGCUUUGAACAACCUGCCGAGGUCGCAGGGUUCUUUACAUUCAGACAAUCAUCUGCUGGAAACCCUCAAACGGGUUCGUCUCGCUCAAUUCAGAUUGAACAGAAAUUGCCUUUCUUCAAUUCAACCCGUUCUACUCUGAACAUAUCCGACGUGGGAGUUGUCCAAUCCUUAACUUUCACGCUUACGGGAAGAGAGGGUUUAUUGGCGCUUCUUGGUUUUUCAUUUACUUCAUUCACUCAGGAUCUCGAAGCCGACAUUGAUCCUGCCAAGCUACAUCUGGCGGCCACUUCACUCCCCCAAGCUUCCUAUACACAAACAAAUCCCGCUCCCCACCAUCAGCCUGAGGUGUACACCUCAGACGAAACCACGAGCCGCAGACUACGCAGUCAGUAUCUUUCUGAGAUGGAUGGAACGCCCAAGAAAGUAGACUCUGGUGGGGACAUGCGAAAUAUGGCUCUAUUGAAGCCGGGCGAGGCCAGGAAUGUAAGGCAAUUUUAUAAAGAUUACCCUACAGUGGUGUACCUGUACACAACGGCACUUUCCGACCAACUCUGGCGGGAAGCGUGGAUUCCCUUCCCACAGCAGCUGAAAUCGUGGAUCCUGUUUGGGUGGUGUGAAACCAUUUGUUUUCGAGAAGAAAGUUUGGAACAGACGGGUCUUGUCUCGAUGCGUGAGACUGAUACAGGGACAGAGGUCAACGAUUCCGGCUCGGAAACUGGAGUCGGUGAUCUUCAAUUAUUGGCUUCCGCAGGAUCUUUCCAAGGAGGUGAGGAGGAAGGCGGAGGAGCGGUGGUGAGAAUAGUGAGAAGCCCAAAUACACAGGAUGGGAGUGAAUCUUCAGUGAGGGUCAGUCGAGUCAAGGUUAAACGUCAGUCCGGAUGGUUUGCCCGGCAAGGCUGCUAUAUUGCAUCACACUGA